GCUGUUAAAAAAAAAAACUAAAAACAAAAGAGAAAAUCACCACACACACACUCAUACACACAAACACACACAAAGUGCAUAAAAUAAAAAAUAGUUUUUGGGGGUAUAAUAAUAAAAAAUAUAUCAAGAAUUUUUUUAAAUAAUAUUUAUAUAUUUUCAUCAGAUAAAAAUGGUCCGUUUAGGCUGAUAGCUUCUACCCUGUGACGUCACUCGCGCCGGCUAUCACCAUGUUUCAGAAACCAUCUUUUGGCAACAACACCUCCGGUUUUGGAUCGUUCAACGCGGGCACCUCGUCGGCGACUCCGUUCGGGGGGUUUAAGGCGAACACGGGCACGAGCGCGUUCGGCGCUCCGCCCGCUUUCGGCGCCAGCACCAGCACGCAGCCCACCACCGGGGGAGGUCUAUUCGGCGGCGCUCAGCCAUCGACGAGCCUCUUCGGCAACACGUCGGCUGCGACGCCGGCGGCCCCGUUCGGGGCCUCCACCUCGGGCUUCGGGUUCGGCGGCGCGGCCUCCGGCGGCGGCCUGUUCGCGCAGCCCAACACCAACGCGGGCCUGUUCGCGACCACCACGCAGAAUUCGGCGUUCGGUGCCAAGUCUGGGUUCGGUUUCGGCAGCCCGGCGCCGGCGCCGGCCGCCGCGGGAGGCCUGUUCGGGUCGCAGCAGAGCGCGGGCCCGUCGCUGUUCGGACAACAGAACACUAGCAUCGGUGGCGGACUCUUUUCUAAUAACACCAACACAUUCGGUCAACAAGCCCAAACGGGGACAGCCCACACGAAGUACAACCCACUAGUGGGCACCGACGUGGUGGUGAAAGGGGGGAACUCGCAGAAUGUCAUCAUCAAACAUCAUUGCAUCACUUGUAUGAAGGAGUACGAGAAUAAAUCCUUAGAGGAACUACGUCUAGAAGACUACACGGCGGGUCGUAAAGGUGCGACUGGCGGCGUUUUUGGCGGGUUCCAGGCUCCAACUGAAAACAAACCUCUGUUUGGAGGCAGCACUUUUGGACAGCCGGCGACCACGAGUGCUCCUAGCGUGUUCGGCGGAGGGGGUCUCAACACUUCCACCGGUUUUGGACAGACCAACACGUUUUCGUUCGGUAACAACGCACAAAACACAACGAACACAUCGGGUGGUCUGUUCGGAGCUGCUAAACCCGCUUUCGGAGCCCCGGCCACUAGUGGUACUGGUCUUUUCGGAGCGGCGUCCACGCAAGCGUCAACGUUUGGUACCAACACUUCGACAUUCGGAUUUGGCGCCAACACACAGAAUCAGACGACAGGUCUGUUUGGCGCCAAGCCGGCGACUUCCGGUUUCGGGACGCCGGCCACUUCCGGCUUCGGCGGCUUCGGCGCCGCCUCCACCGCGCCCUCGCUGUUCGGGGCCAAGGCUCCGCCGACCGCCGCUCCUGCCUUCGGCACCGCCACACCUGCUUUCGGCUCCCUGUCCGGUGGUUUUGGUACGACCACGUCGACGGCCGGGGGAUUUUUUGGCGGGAACAGCACAUUUGGGAAGCCAGCCACACAAGCGCCCGCCUUUGGCUUCGGCAACACACAACAGCCCACUUUGGGCACAGGUCUAGGCACAGGUCUGGGCACGGCGUUCGGUCAGAAGCCGGGGGCGGCGCCCGCCUUCGGCGCUCUGGGCGGCGGCUCCAUGUUCCAGGCGGGCGGCAACAGCUUCCGCACUGGUCUGGACAGCGGUUUGGGCGGUGGGCUAUUCAACAAUUCAACACUGGGCGGUAACACGUUGGGGAUGGGGUUCAAUGCGAAUAACAGUAGCACUGGAUUGGGCAGCACAUCGACGAGCAACGUCCACGAACAGAUUCUGACUCUAGCCGCUCGUCCGUACGGAGAUUCGCCGCUUUUCAAAAACCUUCUGCCCGACAGAACUACCACAGCAGAUGACGUCCUGAAGCCUACCAAUCCAGCGGCCAUGAAAGCAGUACUGGAGAACAGCGGCGGGUACAGAGUCUCGUCCCCGAACUCCGGCAUCAAAUUAACCGUGCGUCCCGUCAGCCAUCACGACAAGAAAUCACUGUUCGACGGCCUAGAAGAGGCGGACGCCAGUCUAGAAGACAAAUUGAGUUUAAGACCGAGUAGGAAGCGAUUGGUUCUCAGACAGAAUCAGAGGAACGGGACAGACCAACAUGAUUCUGUUGAGCCAAUCACUGAUCACAACAGAUCGUCGACGGAAGAUCAGCCAGCUCACACGGAACAAGCCAAAUCUGCGGAAGAGAGUCGGGAAGAGUCGGAGGGAGUUGGGAGAAGAGUUCUCUCCAACGAUUCUUUCCAGUGUUGGUCAAAAGAUUCAGACGGCACCUCAGACAGACAUGGCAGCGGUUUGACAUCGCCCAAAGUGAACAACAAGUCGUGGACAGACAAGGAGAACGCUAAUGCCGACGAAACUCCACGACUGUACCCUAAUCUUGACAACGAACUCGGGUCGUCGCGGCGCGCCAGCUGGCUCACCACGAAGCCGCUGCGGCGCGCGGCCGCCCCCCUCCCCCUGCCCCUGCCCCUGCCCCUGCCCCUGCACCCCCCGCACGCCCCGCACGCCCCGCACCCGCCCAGCGCCGCCGCCGCCGACUCCGAGCGCUCGCUCCGGGAGCUCGGCGUGAGAGACAGACACAGCGACAAGGAAAACGUCGACACGCUGUCUGUGUCAGAAGAGGAAAACGUGCCGACGAUAGCGAUGCCGCCACAUCCUACAGGCAUCAAACUUACACGGCCUGGAUAUUACACCAUCCCGUCCAUGGACGAGCUAACCAGUUUCCUACGUCCUGACGGCAGCUGUGUAGUACCAAACUUCACAAUCGGCAGAAAGAACUAUGGCAAUGUUUAUUACGACUGUGAAUUGGACGUUGCUGGACUCGAUUUGGAUGCACUUGUCCAUUUCCUGAACAAGGAAGUGAUAGUGUACCCGGAAGAUGCGCACAAGCCCCCCGUGGGCGAGGGUUUGAACAGACGCGCGAUAGUUACGCUGGAUCGGGUCUGGCCGAGGGACAAGACGGAGAAAAGGUCAAUCACGGAACCUGACAGAUUGCUGAAGAUGGAUUACGAAGGCAAACUUCGUCGAGUUUGCGACAAACACGACACUAAAUUUAUAGAGUAUCGUCCGCAGACUGGCAGCUGGGUGUUCAGGGUGGAGCAUUUCAGUAAAUAUGGACUAACGGAUUCUGAUGAGGAGGACGACAUAACUCCGGACGUGUUGAAACGUCAACUGGUAGACACGCAGCAGCUGCAGAAAUCUGCGCCCCCGCCCAAGCCGCAGCCGCCGGGGGCGGGGCUGGGCGGGCUGGCGGCGCCCGGCUCUGUGUACGACCACACCAUCAUCAACGGCGCUUCUAAAGCAUUCGAAAUGGACACCACGGAAGAUAACUCAGAAUCGCAGAGUCUCUACGCGGACAGCAGAGCCCUGAGUGUGAAGAGUCCCACCGGCGAGUUGGCGAGGCUGGAGCACAGGCAGAGCCACAGCGUGCAGCUCAUGAAGGCUUCUCUGUACGCUGAUGUCGAAAUGGAAGACAACAUAUCCGUGUCUACAGGCGACCAGCAAGUGCCGUGGUCUCACUCCCCGCCACAGGCCGCGCUUCAUUCCGCGCCCACUCGACACGCGUGUGACGUCACUCCGCCCCCACUCUCCGUCGUGGCUGAUGAAUUGCCGAUGAAACCUCUGAUAGUACAGCCGAAUACGAUUGUACUGAAGUAUCACAGGAAGGUGCCGCCUUUCAAGAAAACUAUUGCAGGUCGUCUGGACGCAGCGUAUUUAGCAGACAUGGCGGUGUGUCGCGCGCGCCACAGCCGCAUCGGUUUCGGUCCAGCGGGACAAAUAGUUUUCGUUUCCACACACGACUCCGUUGCCGAUUUGCCUAAAUCUGCAGAUCUAUGCGAUCUCGGGAACUAUUUGCAGGGGAGACAAGAAGACGACUGGAGCGAGCCUGUAGUGGUACAGAUGGCGAUCGCUCAGGCCGACAACUCUGGAUAUGUAAAGGACAUGGUCACCGCUCAAAUGGAGACGCUGCUGCAGUGGUCGGAGCUCGGCGCGAGCGCGCGCGCGACGGCGCGGACAGAGCCUCGCGCGCGCCUCGCGCUGCUGCGCGCGCUCGCCGCCUGCGUGCCGCGGUUUGGAGGGUCAGCUGAAUAUUGUUUACAAGUUUGGAAGCUGUGCGACGCUCUGUGGGGGGCUGAUCUCGAAAACGAUGGCAUAGCCGCAACAGAUAUACAGUCGCGAGUGAGCCAACACAAGAAGCUGGUGGGCUGGCUCAGCGACGCUGUCCAGACUGUCACCGACAAGGAACUGGCCAAGCCGUGUGAAGCCGAAGAAGAAGAUCCGUCAGACUGCCACAGCAGUCGCGUGUGGACUCUUGUGGUGGGCGGUCGUGUGCUGGAAGCGUGUAAACUCGCGAGAGAACACGGAGAUUUAAAUAUGGCCGCGCUCAUAGCGCAAUCCGCUGGUGACCCGGUGUUCCGCUCCCUGGUGUGCCGGCAGCUGUCGCUGUGGCGCUCGUGCGGCGCGGAGUCGCGGAUGUCGGCGUCGCGCUGCGCCACAUUGCGUCUGAUCGCGGGCCUGAGCUCGCCGCGCGACAAACUCUACGAGUUGGACUGGUUGAGGGCAUUACAUGCGACCGCCAGAUACAUAUGUCCACAAGUGCCGAGCCUGGAGCACGUGGUGCGGACAUACGAAGGCCUGGGCUUGCGGCAUCCGGCGCCGCCCUACUGCGAUCACUACGAGAUCACAUCUAGCGACGGCCGCACCAACCGAAUUCUAGACCUUCGCUACGAAUUAAUAAAGGCUAGAUCUAGAAAUUCUAGACCCACGCUCAGACCAGCGUCCUACACGCCAGAUCCGUUUGAUUAUAGUUUAUGUUUCCUGCUCGGCGUGUGGUUCGGCAACCCGACUGUAGAGAGUAUAGUCGGCAUGGCUGACCAGCUGGAGUGCUUUGGGCUGUGGCACUUGGCCGUGCAAGCGUUGGCUUACCAUCCCGACGAUGUUGCCCGCGGGCAUUUGAUCCGCGGCGUGCUGUCGCGCCACGCGCCCGCGCGCGCCGACUCCGAACACUUGCAGAGGAGGUUGCAGUUCAUAAGAAGACUGCAAGUCCCGGAGAAGUGGUUGCUUCUAGCGCAAGCGCAUAGAGCUGGAUACAUGCACGAUUCUCUAAUGCAAGCGGAACACUUGGCCGCGGCUGAGGAAUGGAAUUCGGCGCACGAAGUGUUGUUGGAUAAACUGUUACCUGAUGCUGUACUCGGAGAUAAUCUGAAGAGCGUGGCGCCGCUGCUGGAGAAGCUGCAGGCGGCGGCGCAGCGCCACCUGGUGGCGCGCUGGGGCGCGGGCGGCCUGGCCCUGUACCACUACAUGCACGUGUGUCACGAGAUCGCAGGCGCGGUGUCGGCGGAGACGGAGGCGGAGGCGCGCGCGCAGCGGCUGGAGGCGCUGCGGCCGCUCGUGGCCUCCGCCUGUCGCGCGCUGCAGCAUCUGCCGCAGAGGACUGUACGGCAUGCGGCGGCCCGCACAGAGAUGGGUGCCCGGCUGCUGCAGCUGGCGCUGGCUGGCGGCGAGCGAGCGCCCAGGCUCGCGGCUUUAUUGCGCGCGUUGAAGUUGCCGCCGGACUGCACGCAGCACGCCAACAAACAGAUAACCAACGAACUGGCCGAACAAGCAUCGGAGCUAUGCAUCGACUCCGUGUCAAGUUCUCCCAUCUCCUCGCACCACCGGGCGGCGGCCUUCAGCUAGAGCGAGACAGACAUAAUUCCACACGACACGGCUCAGUUUUUAGAUUUAAAUCUGGAACUAAAAACAAGAUCACUUGUUUCAUAGAGCACGCAAGUAAUUUUCAUUAGGAAACUAGUGGUGUGAAAGUAGUUACGCAUCGUUAAUUUAGUCUUCAAUUGUCAUAAAAUCGGUAAUUUAACGUCUAUAUUUGAAUUUUUUUGUCACUUUGAUGACACUAGUUUCAUAAUAGCAAUUAAAUUUAUGCUUUAUUGCCGCAUUGUUUAUACUAUUAUUAAAAAAAACAGUAAUGCUGUAUCUCACUUAAUUUUGUCGCAAUUUAAUUUUUAUAAAAGUCACAGCGUAGUUUAAGCUAAUGUAUGUUUUUUGUCUCAUUCAUAUUGUAAAGUGCGAUAGUGACUAAACAUUAGCUUAAAGUAUGGUUUAUCUCUCUUGUAUCAACAAUUGAUAUGAAACUGAAUAUGUACUCUAAAGUAGGACCAAUUUUAAUGUCACAUUUGAUAGUACGUCAAAAUUCAUAAAUGUAACCUUGUAGCGGAGGGAAGACUAUUUAUUGCAUAUAAAAACUUCAUACCAUAAAAUUAAAUUCCAUACUAAUGUUAUAAAGAGGAAAGAUUAAUACUUUUGUUUGUAAUCUCAUCAUUACUAGGCCAAUUUUGAUGAAAUUUGGCACAGAGAUAGGUGAAACCUUCAGGAGUGACAUGCUACUUUUUAUUAUGGUUUUACCCGAGCGAAGCCGGGGCCAGACGUUAGUACUAUAUAAAGAAAUUUUUUGACAGUUCUAACUGUAAGCUGACAGAUGUCAAAUGUGAUCGGUCCUACUUUACAAUUUACGGCUUCGCAGAAAUAAAAAAAAAAAUUACAUCACGCAUAAAAUAGCGAUGUACAUAAAAUUCCGCUCAUAAAUUAACGGUAUGAAUUCCGCUUAAAAUAUAGUUAACCCGUAAAAUGAAAUGAAAUUGUAGUAUAAAGUUAUAAUUAAAUUCAAAUCACUUAAUCAGAAAUUAUACCUUCACAGGCACUUUUUCUCGUCAAUUUUUUUAUUUAUAGUUAUUACUCACAAGCUACAAACUACUGGCAUCAUAAUUCCGUUUCAUCAUGAUUCAUCAUCUAUUACCCUCAGAGAUUUCAUUGAAAAAAAAAACACACUUAUGUUCAAUUCCUAUAUCUAAAUUCAUUAAAAUUGGUUUAGUAGCUUUUAACGGAUAGAGAAUUGUUUCAUUGAAACAUCAAAUAUGAAUUUAUUUAUUCUUCAAGACAUUAGAAGAAAAAAUAAUCCUUAGUAAUAUUAUAAAUGCGAAAGUAAGUUUGUUUGUUACCUCUUCACGCUCUAUCUACUCAACCAAUGUUCUUGAAAUUUUGCAUACAUGUAGUUUGAAGUGUGGAGAAGAACAUGGGGUACGUAACGAAAUUCACGCGGGCGAAGCCGCGGGCAAAACCUAGCACAUUAUAAUUGUAAGAAAAAGGCGAAAAAAUGUAAUUAAAAAAUCUCAGCAUUUAAUUUGUAUUUAUUAAACUGACAAUUUUAAUUAAUGAAAAUAUUGUAAAUUUUGUAAAAAUAUUGUGAGUUAUAUGUAUAUGAAAAUUAAUUUACAUAUUUUCGCGUUUGACUAAUAUUGUGUAUUUUUUGUAUUGCUUCAGUUAGUGAUAAGAUGUGUAGUCGGAUUCCCAACUAUAUUGCUAAUAACUGUAUUGUACUGAUUUUCACUAAAUUAUAUGUUUUACUGUUGAACAAUAUUACGAGUAAAGUAUACAGAAUACUGUUCUUAAACGCUCACACAUAUUAUUUAAAAAUUUUGUUAGAGGGGGCGCUCAUUCUCAGUGCAGCAUAGCUGCACUCGUUAAAAACAUUAAAAAUAUUGCAAUUUUUUUCUAAAAUACUGUUCAUUUUGCUUCUCAGACCUAAAUAUACUUUUAUCUCUAGUAAAAAAAGUUAGCAACCCUAAGCUACCGUGAUCAUCAUUAUUAUAUCGAUAUUAAAUUGGUUAUUGCGGGUUUUCCCCGUUUAAUUCCCCCCCAACUAUCAUUGAUACAGGGCUCCUCCAAGGCACGCUACGCCACUGUUAAGAGCUAUGAUUUUAAAACUGUAAUUACGUGGAAUGUGACACCGACUUUAUUGACCUCAGCCUUUAUUUUUUUAUUUACUUUUUCACACAUAAUUGUUAUUGGUAAUAUUCUCUUUUUGCAACUUGUUAAAAUGAUGUGAAAAAAUUAUUGUUAUUAAUAAGAAACGCUAUAAAUUAAGAAAUUCCUAUCAGUAAAAGUUGAAAAUAUACUUAUAUAUAUAUGUAACGCAAUUCGUUAUUUUAUACUAUUUUUGUGACGUUUCGGUUGGUUCUUGUUAUUGUUUAUCUGGGCUUUAAAUUCUGGCAAUAAAAGUUAUAUUGGCAUGAUGUACACAACACCCAUUAUUUUUUUGAACACAACGCCGGAUAUAUACACUAUCGGGAAACAGUUCUACAAAUUUUGCCGUUUCCACGUACGUACAUUGCUGGUUUUUCUUGCGGUAAAUAGAAACUCGUAUAAACUACGCAGUGACGUUCAUUCGCGUCGACAUCAGAGUUCGUCGAUAGUGCGUAGCUGGCGUAAAAGACAGCGUCUAGAAAGAAGUCCCUGACGCUGACAACGACAACGUGGCCGAUAUGUUAUUAAUACUUCAACACAUUGUUGCGGGACUUCGUUCGUGGUGUCUCUAAAGGGGUCCGAUUUUUUCAUUUCAUUUUUUUCCAUUUUCACCAACGUUUUUUAAAAUGACGUGUAUGUAGUCCGUUUGCCAUCUGGGAAAAUUAAUUUAAAAAUGCCUAUAUUUAAAAUUUGCUUGCAUAUAAUUUUCACGUGUCAUUUUCAAUUGUAUAAAAUUGUAUUUUUAUGUAUUGGUACAGAAUUGUGAAUAGCAAAUUGUUUUUAAUGACCCACCAAGAAGAUUGAAUCAUGGUGGUUAAAGUGGGUCAUGUUACGAGUUACGUCAAAUUUAUUAUGAAAUUUGGAAAAAUCGAGGCCCUGCUUCACUGAUUGCAUAUCAAGCAACUUGGCGUGCCACGAAUUAAGAUGGGUUGCCGCUGUUGCGUCUUUAUGUUGGAUAUUAUUAAAUCGCAUGUCAACGUUGGCCCAAUGGCCAAUCGAGUUAAUGUGGCAUCGCUACUGUUGGAAUAAAUUUGACGCGUUUUGAAAAUCAGAUUUUUGCCGCCAGGUCAAGUAAACUUUUGCACAUUGUUUAGUUAUUUUCUGUUAACGCUUAGCUUACAAUAAGAAUGUCCUUAGAUUGGUCAAAAUGUGAACAAGAAGUCUCCACUUAGCAUCAACUGGCGCCCAAUUUUUUUCUCUGCAUAUAUAAAUAUGUGCUAUUUCAUUAGAGACAAAAGAAAUGAGUGAGACGCGUAUGUUGCCAAGCGGAAUGUAAUAAGGCGUGCAAAGUCUAUAUUGUUAAGAUUAAAUUAAAUUGGUUUUAGGUUAUUACGCAUAAGGAUAUUGUUUUAAUAGGUUUCAAUUGUAACAAUAAAGAUUAUUUUGAAUA